CAUCGAUGGUAACAUUUCUCCACCUCUAACCAGCAAUUGAUUACUUUUUUUUGACGCACUCGGUCCCUGUAAAUUGGGUUUUUUCGGCGCAAACCAAUGGAGGCCCUGGUGAAUUACAGCAGCGAGGACGAUUUGGACGAUCCUGGUUACCAGAUACGGGCACCACAACAACAACAACAACUGCAUGCGCAGCAGCGACAGCAUCAGCAUGCAAAAACAACCGUCAACUUCCUAAAGCAGAAGAACCAUAAUAACAACAAUAAUGGGAGCAGCGACGGCGACGUUGAGGCCGGCAGAGAGAGCCGCAGCAGCAACAACAACAGUCCGCGGGAACGGGAGCGAGAGAGGGAGAAACCGCGGCGACGCCACCACACUCCUCCGCUGCCGACGUCGCAGCAGCAGAAUCACAGGAGCAUUGAUGAGGACUCGCAGACCGGCUUUCGCCACCGCCAGGAGCGGGAGAAAGACAAGGACCGGGAAAGGGACAGAGAUCGCGAACGGGACCGGGACAGGGAACGCGAGCGGGAAAGGGACAAGGAUCGCGAGCGCGAGAAACGCGACAUGGACCGCAGUCGGGACAAAGGACGCGACAAGGAUCACAGCAAGGGCGACCAUCGCCACCAUCGUACCAAAGACGGCAACAGCCAUAGGGAGCGGGAACGCGACCGGGAGCGCGACAGGGAGCAUCGGGAUCGGGACAAGGAUCGGGAGCGCAGGCGUUCGGAGAAGAGCGGUCGCCACCACGGCGGUGGCAAGGAGCGCCAUCACCAUCAUCACAACAACUCGUCGUCCUCCUCGUCAGUCGCCGCUGCAGGCCUGAAUCCGGCCGGUCGUCGCUCCUACGACGACGGUCGAAGUCGUCGUCGCCGCGACUCGCGAUCCCGUUCCCGCACACCCACCGGCACGCCGCCCAGCCGUCGCCGCCAGCAGUCGCAGCAGUCGCGCAAGUACCGCGAACGCGACUCCAGCAGCCGCUCCAGAUCUCCAAAGGAAGAGCACUCGCUGCCACUGCGCGGCGGAGCAGCUGCCGGAGCCCAUCUGCUGCUGGGCAAAGGAGCAAGCAGCGGGGGAGGAUCUUCCGGAUCGGGAUCGGGAUCAGCAGCAGCAGCGGCUGCGGCGGCCGCUCUGGUGGCCGCCAAUGCAGCGGCCGCAGCGAUGGCAGCAGCCUCAUCCGGCGGAGGAGGAGUAGGAAGUGGAGGUGGUGCAGGAGGAGGAGGAGGGGGAGGGGGAGGUCUUCUUCCCACGCCCAACUACGCACCCAAGAUACCCUCGCUGAUGUCCCUGGAACUGAGCACACCGGCGGUGGCAGCACCCGCAGCCCUAGAACACAUCCAGCUGCCCAGCUACUACAAUCCGGGCAUCAUCAACGCCAAUCGCUAUGCGGAGCAGCAGCAGAAGCGCAAGCUGCUGUGGGGAUCGAAGAAGAGCGAGGACUCGGCGAACAAGUGGGGCAAUGCGCACUUCUCCCAGGACUCCGAUGGCAAGGUGGCCUCCAAGUUUAUGCGGCUGAUGGGCAUCAAGAAUGCGGGCUCGUCCGGCGAUGGAGGCGAGGCCACCGAAGCAGAGGCUAGCAACGGAAGUGCGGCCGCCGGCGAGGGCGGAGGAGCCGGAGGCGGCGGCGGAGGAGGAGCAUCGGCAGCAUCGGCGGGCGGAACGAAGGUACCCACGGAUGUGCAGCAGCGACAGCGCAUGUUCUCCAACAUGGAGCAGCAGUACGAGAUGGCGCGAGCCGCCACCCAUACGAUGCGGGGCGUGGGACUUGGCUUUGGCUCCCAGCCGCGCACCUUUUAGAGAGCGAAAGGCGCCCCAGGACGAGGACGAGGACGCGGACGACGAGGGCGAUCGCAACCAGGCUGUAAAUACCAUGCCACUCACUCAACUCAUUAGUCAUGUCAAGAAGUUUCCCCUCAACCACUUUUUGUUUGUGUUGAGCAAAUGUUUUUGAUUUCAAAUAAACGUUGCAACCGAAUUUGUCAAGUGGCGUGGCUUUCUCCUAAGAAACGAAUAAAUGAAGCAAACAAUUGCUUUGACUUCCGUCAAGUAA